CGAUUCAUGAUUUCAUCAUUCGUUUUAGCAACUCCAGCGACAGAAGACAGAGCCAAGGCGAACAGUGCAGUACGUGCUUGCGAAUACCGAGUUCCAUAUACAACAGUGAAAGUUAAUUUCCCUGUAUAUUCGACAUACCCAUCAGCAAAUAGCCGUUCGCGGUAUGUCUUUUUUUGAUUCCGAAUUCUUCGAGAUAACCAGUGGGAAACUUGACGGUCAACUAUUGGAUUACAAUCAUCCACCAUUAAUGAGUGGUGACAUUCUACCAUUCACCGACAACUACGACUACUAUCCAGAACACUUGGAAGUGGCGGAAACUUCUAUGGAUCUUGAGCAGGCUAUGAUCGAGUCAAACAUCGGAAGCGUAGCAGAUUACUUAUCACACUCGGCCGCUUAUCAGCCACAACCGGCGGUUAAACGUGAGAUAGCUCAUUUGCAAGAGGAUGAAGACAGCCAUUGUUUGCCUAGCACGUUAACCGAUGCAAAUGAUUAUUCGUCGGUCAUAGUGCCCAGCCCUUACGGCACGGCCGUGUCCAGUCCUGCAGGUCGUUCCACAACAAGCAGCUCGGCAUCGACAAGUCGUCGGUUCAAAUCGGGCGGCAAAAAUGUCAGCAAAGAUAGCGAAGAAUACAAACGCCGAAGGACGCUCAACAACAUCGCCGUGAAAAAGUCGAGAGAGAAGGCAAAAGCUGAGUCACGCAUGGUCGCUCAACGUGUCACGGUCCUGUCAGCAGAUAAGGAAAGACUAGAAAGACGCGUAGAGCAGCUUUCUAAAGAGAUCCAGUUCCUGCACGGGCUCUUCUCUAAAUUUAAUGACAUUCCCGAGCCCAUUAAACUCCAAGUCACCAAUGUUUUCGCCCGAAUUCAGAGCCAUCCCAGAUAACCCAACACGAGCAUUCUCAUCCAAUCAAACACCCACUUAAUAAUAAUAUAAUAAUUUAAUCAAAGAAAACAAAAUUCACCAUUGUGUGCCACGAAACCGUUCGUAUUCGAUUGUUGUAUAUAGCUGAAAUUCUUGCUAGUUUCUUGUUGUUAAUGUAAUAUUUUUUGAAUGGUGUUCAACACUCGACGUUUUUUGACGUGGUUGAACUUCUCAGAUUUACUUACAUUUAGCCAUGUUUUUUGACCGAUUUAUUUUCAAAUAAAAAUGACACGAAACAACCCACAUGCGAUCUAUGGAUUCACCAAUCGUUUUGUACAUCAUAGAAUUCCUGCAUCCUUUGUACUCUUCCAAGAUGCAAAAGAUUAACAAUACAACGAAUAUGUAUUUUA